GCUAAUUUGCAUUGUGACGUAAACAAUCCAUCUAAUUAUAGAAGACGUAAACAAGACAAGUCACAAGGACAUAUCAGCUGUGCGAAGGAAAACAUUGAGCAUAGAAGAGAAAGAAAAGGAUAAAUAAUGAGGACAAGUCCAAAAACUGUGGUGAAGAGUGUGGGGCCAUAUCUUGUUCCCUUCUUCAAGACAGUGGCCAUCUUUUUUGUUUUGUUCGGAGAUGCUAGCAGAGAUGAAUCAAUAUUUUUCUGCAUAGUGAAAUGCCUUCCAAUCUUCUCCCUGAUUUUGUUUGUGCUCCUUCACGGAAUGAACCUUACAGAAUAUUACCGCUACUCGCGCCGAGUCCUGAUUGGACUGAUUUUUUCAUGUUUCGGGGAUGCCUUCUUGGUGUGGCCUGAUUAUUUUGAGGUGGGUAUCCUCAUGUUUGCCAUUGCCCAGUUUUCCUAUGCCCGGGCAUUUGGAUGGCGUCCUAUGAAGAUCCUUCAUGGGCUUGCUUUCGCUGCUAUGGGCACACUUGUCUACAUGUUUCUUGCCCCAGCACUGGAAGGCAUAAUGCUGUACCUUGUUGCAGCAUACAUUACCCUCAUCUGCACUAUGGCAUGGCGUGCAAUGGCCAGGGUAGAGUUCUACAAUGAUCUUUGGACCUGGACCAAACUCUGCGGCUGCAUGGGAGCCAUUUCGUUUGUAAUUUCUGACCUCACAAUUGCUGUCAACAAGUUCCGAUGCCCUGUGCCAUUCCAACACCAGAUUAUCAUGCUCACCUACUAUGCUGCUCAACUUGGAAUCUCGCUGUCUGUUGUUGACAGUCCUAUUGAUGAGCUCCUAGAAAAGACCACAAAGGUGUCAUGAAAUGGGUGUCAUCAUAACAGCUCUGAUGUAGGGGUAAUAUCAGAUGCCAAUUCUAGCCAAAACAGUUGUUAAGAUUUGUACCUCAUACAGGUCAAAGGUUAAUGAGUAAAAUGAUAUCGUUGACCAUUGUUUGAUUAAAGUUGUAUCUGUUGAAUUUUAAAUCAAACAUUUUUGCUUAAAUUAUUUGGUAGAUAUAUUAUCCUCCUUGUAUAAACAGUAUACCGGUAGUUGCAUUUGUUUAGUGGGUGUUUGUUGUGUUGGCUAGUCACUCUUGGGAGCUUACACUACAAUGUAGUGUGCAGAAGAUUGAAGUUCAUUUAUGUAGAAACAUGCAUAACAAUUUUAGAGGAUGUUGAAGUUUACUGUAAAUACUCAUGUUGGAAGGUGUUGUUUUAAUGUUCACAUUUAAAAUUGUACAUCCCUUACAUCUUGAAAAUUGGGGAGAGUGAUUUAUUUCCUGCUGAGUUUUAAAAUCAUUCCAAUCUAAUCUUAAAAAGACUGAAUUUUUUUAACUUUAUUUCCUACAGAUCCAUGGACUUGAGAUUGUUGCAUCACGUUUUAAAAAAUCAGAAUAUGCCCAUGCUGAUGAACUUUUUUUUCAAGAAUUUGAAAGGUUUUUCUCUUUUCCAAUGGCGGGUGAAAAUAUUGAGAUUAGACAUCAACCAUGGCGGAGGGAUGUACAAAUUCAAAUGGUUUUGUUUGUUUUCAGUAUAUGUUCAUAAUUUAUUUUUCUCUCUGAAAAAAAGUUACUGUUGCUGUGUUUUGCUUUUUUUUCCACUAAUACCAAUUAGGUAUUUUGAGUUUAUGUGCUGAGAACAUCAGAAUUUAUGUACAGCUGUUCAAUACUAUAUUUAUUGUUCUAAUUGUUCAUCAUCAUUUGAUAUGUACUGAACUUGCUGAAAAGACUACAAUCUAUUAAAAAAGGUUAUGUUUAUCUCCAAA